AUGGUGGUACGUGAUGACGGCGGUGAAGAGAUCGAUAUCACGUAUGAUGCACCACCCCGAAUGGAUAGAGGCAGUUGGGGAGGAAAGUGCGAAUUCAUCAUGACCUGCAUCGGGUAUGCAGUCGGCUUGGGCAAUGUGUGGCGUUUCCCCUAUUUGUGCUAUAAAAAUGGCGGGGGUGCAUUCCUCGUGCCUUAUUUGCUCAUGCUAUUGUUGCUCGGUUUGCCAUUGUUCUUCCUCGAAUUCGCAUUCGGUCAGUUUGCCAGCUUGGGCCCCAUAUCCGUGUGGAAUAUUAGUCCUUUAUUCAAGGGUAUUGGUUAUGCCAUGGUCCUGGUCUCGUGGAUUCUUGUCAUCUAUUACCAGAUUGUGGUAGCGCAUUGUGUCUACUUUCUGGUGGCUAGCUUUACCUCACAUCUACCAUGGACCAACUGUGGGAAUUCGUGGAACAGUAUAUUCUGUUUUGACAACAGCAGUAAGUUUGUUUCUUCCUUUACUGCCCAGGACUCAACCUAA